AUGUUUCUUGCUAUCCUCCAGAAAGCUACCCAAGUUGGUCUCGACUUGUCUUCCAGAGCCUGGUUGGCGUGCGGGGGGGACGGCAAGUCCAAGAUAGACACCUCCUCACACCACCGGUCUGCGACCCUGCAAAAGGACCGCCCGGGCCGUAUCGCAAUUGAUUACACCAUCGACGACACCCAACCACCACCGGUACUCGGGGACCCGGUACCUACCAUGUCAGCUAAAGAUGGUGGAGGGGAUUCCAAGCUGUUUGCUCGAGGCAAAGUGGCCGAGCUGCGCCUCGAGCUGAACAGCGGCGGAAAGAAGGACAAGAAUUAUUCAAUAAAAAAGGUCGCGCUCAAGAGAAUCGUCGCCAACAUGACCAUGAGCAAUAACGACAUGGUGGCCUUGUUUCCUGAUAUAAUAGCUUGCAUGCACAUCCCGAGUCUGGAGAUCAAGAAGAUGUGCUUUUUGUAUCUCGUCAACUAUGCACGAGUACGGCCGGAAAUUGCAAUCAAGGCGAUUCCGGUGCUGGAAAAUGAUGUGGAAGACCAAAACCCUCUAGUGCGCGCUUUGGCACUGCGAACCAUGUCAUACAUCCACGUCAAAGAAUUUGUCGAGGCUACUGUUCCUCUUGUGAAGGACACGCUGCGAGACAACGACCCGUACGUGCGAAAAACGGCUGCGUUUUGCGUCGCCAAGCUCUACGACCACGACCGACAAAUGGUGGAACGAUCCGACCUCAUCGACAGACUCAACUCUCUGUUGCGCGAUGAUAAUCCGACAGUCGUUGCCAGCGCGCUGGCCAGCCUGAUGGACAUUUGGGAACGGAGCGACGCCAUCAAACUGACCAUCGACUACAGCAAUGCCUCAAAGAUGGUAGCAAUCCUACCCGAUUGCUCCGAAUGGGGCCAGACGUACAUCCUCGAGGCGCUGAUGCCGUAUGUGCCACAAGAGACGGGCGAAGCAGCUUUGCUGGCAGAGCGCAUUGCACCACGGUUGUCACACUCGAAUUCCUCCGUCGUACUGACGUGCAUUCGCGUGAUUCUGUAUCUGCUCAACUACAUUGCCGAUGAAAAACAAGUCACGGCACUUUGCAAGAAACUCUCGCCGCCCCUUGUCACUCUUCUUGCCAAAGGUCCUGAAGUGCAAUACUUGGCUCUACGGAACGCGUUGCUGAUCCUGCAACGACGGCCCGAGGUGUUGAAGAAUGACAUUCGAGUGUUUUUUUGCAAAUACAACGACCCCAUAUACGUCAAAGUCACGAAGCUAGAGCUCAUUUUCAUGCUUGCGAGCGAGAAGAACAUUGACGAGGUACUGACCGAGCUGCGGGAAUAUGCCACCGAGAUUGACGUGCAUUUUGUUCGCAAGGCAGUCCGUGCCAUCGGGAAGCUCGCGAUCAAGAUUGAACCUGCCGCCCGGCGCUGCAUCGACCUUCUUCUGGAACUUGUCUCCACCAAGAUCACAUACAUUGUUCAGGAGGCAACGGUGGUGAUCAAGAAUAUCUUCAGGAGAUAUCCCAAUCAAUACGAGUCCAUCAUAGGUACACUAUGUGAGCACCUUGACUCGCUAGACGAACCCGAGGCCAAGGCCGCAAUGGUCUGGGUAAUUGGACAAUACGCAGAUCGCAUCGAAAACAGCGAUGCCCUGCUGGAAGACUUUCUUUACUCGUUUGCCGAGGAGCCCGUGGAGGUUCAACUGGCCCUCCUGACGGCCACUGUCAAGCUCUUUAUUCAGCGGCCGACGAGAGCGCAGGAACUGGUGCCGAAGGUCCUCAAAUGGGCGACGGAGGAGACGGACAACCCCGACCUGCGAGACCGAGCCUACAUGUACUGGCGGCUGUUGUCGACGGACAUGAAGGCAGCCAAAACGAUUGUGAUGGGGGAAAAGCCACCGAUUACUGCCGAAUCCGAGAGGCUAGAAGCGUCGACGUUGGAGGAGAUGUGUCUCAACGUGGGCACUCUAGCCACGAUAUACCUCAAGCCGGUGCAGACGGUAUUCCGUUCCGCCCGGCCGCGCAAACUUCAGGAUUCGCCAGCCUUGCAGAAGCAGAAUCUGCCGGUUGACGGCGACAGCCAGAAGAGCUUGAGCAUGUUUGGGCACGGCGGGCAACCAAGCAACAUGGACUUGAGGAGCCGGAGCGCCCUUGCGCCCGACGGAGAAGGCAAUAUCUCGCAGGCAGCCAACGAUGCAGAUGCCUACUUUUCGAGCAUCGGCGCACAGCAGAUGGCUGCGAUGCAACUAGAUCAAGGGGAGGACCUUUUUGGCGGUGGCGGAGGUCACGCGACGGGCUAUGUCGUGAGUGCUCAUGCACCACAAGCCGUUUUGCAGCCAGCGCAAGGGGGGGGGAGUAACGGCGAUUUGUUGAUGCUGUAA